UCAUUAAACUUACUGAUCUGGAGCGUGAUUGGUUGGUAAUGGUUGAGUUCAAAGGCUUGCAUUUGAGUUAUUUGAUUCAAGUUGCAAAACAAUCUGAAGACCUGCAUGGUCAUUCUUCUAAUACAGCGGUUGAACGAUGGCGGAUUGGGGUCCUGUGGUGAUCGCGGCUGUGCUGUUUGUGCUGUUCUCACCGGGGCUCCUGAUCCAACUGCCGGCAAGGGGGAGAGUGGUAGAGUUCGGCAACAUGCAAACCAGUGGUCUCUCCAUCCUCGUCCAUGCCAUCCUCUACUUUGCUGUCCUCACCAUCUUUCUCAUCGCCAUCGGCGUCCACAUCUACACCGGCUAAUUAAUUAUUCAUUUCCUUUUAAAAACUUUUCCAAUUCAUCGCUACAAUAUGAUUGAGAUGGUGUCAAGUGUUUCGUUGUAUUUCUAGCUGCAAAUUUUCAGAAUUCCUAAUUAUCUAAAGCAUUCAAGGACAAA